AAAUUGUCCGCUUUAAGUGGCACUCUUUGACUACAGGCUGGAAAGAAACAUGGCGGCCUCCGGCAGGAAAGCGGCUCAUGAUAUAGAAACACGAAACAGGACCGACGAUGUCAUUUUGACGGAGGGAAUCGACUUUAGGUCGCUGUUAAUCUCUGAGGUCGUGUUGGACGGACUGUCAGCUGCUGGUUUUCAAAAACCCUCCCCGAUCCAGUUGAAGGCAAUCCCCCUCGGCCGCUGCGGACUCGAUUUGAUUGUACAGGCCAAAUCUGGCACAGGAAAGACCUGUGUGUUCUGCACAAUUGCUCUGGAUUCUCUGGUCCUGGAAAAUUCUGCCACACAGGUCCUCGUGCUGGCUCCUACGCGAGAGAUAGCCGUGCAGAUCCACUCCGUCGUGAUGGCGAUUGGCUGUGCCAUGGAGGGCUUGCAGUGCCAGGUGUUCAUCGGGGGCCGGCCUUUGAGUCAGGACAAACUCCAUCUGAAGAAAUGCCACGUGGCUGUGGGCUCACCUGGUCGUAUCAAGCAGCUUAUUGAGCUCGGCAUGUUGUCCACGGCCAGCAUUCGUCUCUUUGUUCUGGAUGAGGCUGACAAGCUGCUGGAGGAGGGCAGCUUCCAGGAACAGAUAAACUGGAUAUACUCCUCACUGCCGGUGAACAAACAGAUGCUGGCACUCUCUGCGACCUACCCAGAAUCUCUGGCUCAGCACCUGACCCACUACAUGAGAGAUCCUACUUUUGUCAGACUCAACCCCAGGGACAUGGAACUCAAAGGCCUGAGGCAGUAUUACAAGCUGGUGCAGUCCCAUCCGGUACCUCAUAAGGUCUUCGAGGAGAAGGUGCGACACUUGCUUGAGCUCUUCAGUAAAAUACCUUUCAACCAAGCCCUUGUCUUCUCGAACCUACACACAAGGGCUCAGCAUCUGGCAGACAUUUUGUCUUCUAAAGGCCUACCCGCUGUUUGUAUCUCAGGCGGUCUGAGUCAGGAACAGAGACUUGAGGCCAUGUCCAAAUUGAAGCAUUAUCAGUGCAGAGUGCUAAUCUCCACUGACCUGACCUCCAGAGGCAUAGAUGCAGAGAAGGUCAACCUGGUGAUAAAUCUGGACGUGCCACAGGACUGGGAAACGUACAUGCACCGAAUCGGACGAGCCGGGCGCUUCGGCACCCAGGGGCUUGCUGUGACUUACUGUUGCCAUGGUGAAGAGGAGAACAAGAUGAUGGCCAUCGCUCAAAAGUGUGGCCUGAGUUUGACGGCGUUGCCAUCCACCAUUGAUGCUGGACUGAUGGCCGAGCAGUGUGACUGGGAUGUCUGUUCCGAAGCGUCAACUCUGUGCCUCCAAUCUCGGAUGUUCUCCAGGAAUGAGAGAAAUAAGGAGGUGCGGCCCAAAGCGUCUUCGCCUGCUGUUUCCACCAUCGUCACAGAGGAGGCUCAGGAGGCCGGAGAGCCAAACAUGAGCCGAGCAAAAGCCCGCCUUGGAGCUGAAAGGCUUUCCGGAAAAGAAUAUCCUGCACCAAAAAUGCCGCUGCAGAUCCCUUCUAAAGCGGCACCAACUCGUAAAGAAUUGCAAGACGCGCUGCCCAAGAUCCGUCCACUCAGCUCAUUUAAGAGCCGCGGGUCCACGUUUAUGACCUUCGAGGAGGCUGAGCAGGACUUCCAAGCGUUCAUUAUGACAGGGCUGGGAAGAUCGGUGCAAAUCGUCAGGGAAUUCAGCGGCCAGGGAAAGGGCGGUGAUCAUAACGGGCACAGAGAGGUUACCACGCUGGACGACGACGAUGGAGGUGAGAUCUGUCAAGGAUGGAAAUUGGAGCGGAACCCCGGAAGAGCGACUUCCAGUUCGUCAUUGUCUGAAGAUGACAUGGAGGAGAACUCAAAGGCAAACUUAAUUAUUGCUGCAGCCAGUGAGAGCACUGUCGUCUCGCACACUCAGACAGAAGAGCCAUUUGCACCAGAAGCUCCUGUAAUAUUCCACACAGCAAAUGCAACAAGGACCAGAACUUCAUCCCUGGCUGACAAUUUUAAAUCAAUGCUCGGUACUAAAGCGGACACGCAACCUAAACAGGUGUCUUCGGCCAAAAUGAGGAGAAACGAUUUAACAAACAAGAAAGGUAGGAUGGAAAAGUGUAGCAGCAGGAAGCCAGACACAAUGAAGAUGGAGCAAACAUGGGAAAGGGAUGAUGACAAGUAUGACAUGGAGGAUAACUCCAGUGCUGAGAGUUAUUGGAGAGAGUGCUACAGAGCCUGGAAUGAUUACUACGCCUCGUUUUCUUCUUUCGACGAGGAGAGUUACCGAGGCUACUACAGUGCCGCUCACAACUGGAUGGCAGCGUACCGCAUGAACACCGUUUACAUGGAGGAACUCCUCAAACACUGAUUACGUGUGCCUGAAUGUCAGUAGGUGGGUCAAUAUUGCUAUGAGGCGCCUUUCGGAUCGGUUUGAAAAUGCAGCAGAAGAACAAAACUGACAUCUUAUUGUAAGUGGCCAAACAAUUUCCACACAUAAAAGUAAAAUGUUUCUUUUGCCUUUUUCAUUGGAUGCACAUGGUUGUGGAGUGUUGCACAUGGUAUGUUUUUUUUUCAUAGUUAUUUAAUAAAACAACUUUUAAUCAUACAUAUACACUAAUUUCACAAUUAUAUUAAACAUUUUCCAUGUUUCCCUGAAA